AGGAAAGGAAUUCAGUAGAAAUGUUUCGCAGUCGCAGUUGGUUUGGUGGUGGUUGGAAUAAACCCAAAAACCGUCUAUCGUUGGAUCACCUGAAGUAUUUGUACAGUGUUUUGGAAAAGAACACAACAGUGUCGGAAAAUAAUAGAGGCUUACUUGUGGAAUCUUUGCGAAGUAUAGCUGAGAUAUUGAUAUGGGGUGAUCAGCACGAUUCAUCAGUAUUUGAUUUCUUCUUGGAGAAGAAUAUGCUGUCCUACUUUCUUCAUAUUAUGCGCCAGAAAAGUGGAGGCUCCAGUUUUGUGUGUGUUCAACUAUUGCAGACAUUAAAUAUUCUAUUCGAAAACAUUCGUAAUGAAACUUCUUUGUAUUACCUUCUAAGUAAUAAUCAUGUCAACUCGAUUAUUGUACAUAAAUUCGACUUUUCCGACGAGGAUGUCAUGGGAUACUAUAUAUUAUUCCUGAAAACAUUAAGUUUGAAAUUGAACACCCAUACCAUUCACUUCUUCUACAAUGAGCAUACAAACGAUUUCCCUCUGUAUACGGAAGCAAUUAAAUUCUUCAAUCAUCCGGAGAGUAUGGUGCGAAUAGCAGUUCGUACAAUUUCCUUGAAUGUUUACAAAGUACAAAACGCCAGCAUGUUACGUUUUAUAAGAGACAAAACGGCUGCCCCAUACUUUAGUAACUUGGUGUGGUUCAUUGGUAAACAUAUUUUGGAAUUGGACAACUGUGUGCGCACCGAUAUAGACCAUCAAUCGAAUCAAAAACUCUCUAAUUUGGUUGCGGAACAUUUGGAUCACCUGCAUUAUUUGAACGACAUACUUUUAUUAGAGAUCAACGACUUGAAUGCUGUCCUAACGGAACACUUGCUGCAUAAACUUUUUGUACCCCUUUAUAUAUUUUCACUAACACCGGCACCACCUCCGCCAUCCUUGGCCCUGGUUACACAAAAUUUAGCUGCAGUUUUGAAUCGCAAUGUCGACAUUGAUAUUCAGGAAAUGCAGAAUCCCAGAGUCUCGUCAAUAGUGGCUUUGUAUUUACUGUCAUUGGUAUUUUUGGUGGUGACACAUUCCCCAUUGGUUCAUGCCUUGGCAUGGGUUAUAUUGAAUGGAGAUAAUAGCGUAUUCAAAGAAGGGGCUACCUCAGUUCUCUACGAGGAACAUCGCCAAGCUGUGGUUCCUAGUUUCACCGAACCACGUGAGAGUUUGGAACAGGCAUUGGAUACAGCAGCUAAUUUUUCCGGUUACUCAUAUGGAGAAGAAACCACCGAGGACAGUUUGGUGACUGGUCAUAACAAUGAUUCACCCACAACUACCAACAACCAACCUGUUGAAGAAACAGAAAUCCAUACUUCUACUGAAGCCUUAGAAAAUGUUGUCUCUUCCACCUUGUCCAAUGCAGCCAAAUUGGCAAAUAUCACCGAUGAAGAAAAGGAGAAAUUACAACAAUUAACAUCUCCAACAACAACGACGACGACAGUGAUACAUCCUACAUUAAACAGACCAUUUUUGGAUACAGUUCUAUCGGCUUUGGACUGUUCGGAGAACGACUAUUUGGCUUUAUUGGCACUUUGUUUAAUCUAUGCCAUGACAUUUAACAAAGGAGUCAAGAAUGAUUGGUUUCACCAGGUGCUAUCGAAAUCCAAUGGAACUCUAAGUUAUAAAUCUGAAAUAAUUGAACGUUUAUUAAAUAUUAUAACGUUGUCCAAUCAACCGUCAUGUCGCAUUCGACUUAUCACCAUUGAAAUAGCUUUACAUCUUCUGGUGACCUUCACAAAACCCACAGAAGAUUCGUCUACCGCCACCUGUAUAACAGAAGCCCAACAAGAUCUACUGUUUGCAGCCCGUAAUCAAUCUAUGUCUGUCUUGCGAAAUUUCUAUAAAUCGGAAGAUAUAUUCCUUGACUUAUUCGAAGAUGAAUACAAUGAGAUGCGCAAAACAAAUUUGAACGUCGAAUUUCUAUGCAUGGACUCUGCGAUUCUGUUGCCACCCACCGGUACUCCACUGACGGGUAUACCAUUUACUCGACGUCUUCCCUGUGGAGAAGUCGAAAAGGCAAGGAGAGCUAUACGAGUAUUUUUCUUAUUACGAAAAACGUGCCAACAGUAUCUAAACGAAAAGGAAACUAUGUUGCCUCUGACGAACGCGGUUAACCUGGUGCAAAUAGACAAUGUCUUGGAUUUAAACAACAGCGACCUGAUAGCAUGUACGGUAAUUGCCAAGGACAACAUUAAACAGCGUCGAUUCCUGGUCAUUGAUUCAUUGCAGCUGAUCUUAGUAGAACCAGAUGCCAAACUACUGGGUUGGGGUGUUGCCAAAUUUGUUGGAUUCCUACAGGAUGUCGAAGUUGUUGGAGACAAAGAUGAUAGCAGAUGUUUGCAUAUAACUGUACAUCGCGGCGGUGCCAGUCACAACCGCACACCCUUAAUAUCUGCCAAGUUUUUAUUCGAUGAUCACAUUAGGUGUAUGGCUGCAAAGCAAAGGUUGACAAAGGGCCGUAGUAAGGCACGUCAAAAGAAAAUGUACCAAAUAGCACAGAUGAUUGAAAUACCCGGCCAGGUGAUUGAUUCUCCUGUUUAUGCUGUAGCUGGCUUGAGAUCUGCCAGUGGGCCCAGUAGUAGUAGCAGUUCGAGAUCUUCGCGUGAUCACAGACCAAUUUUUUCUACUAAUAAUCGUGUGCCCGGUUUCGCUGCUGCUUUACGGAGGGAAAAUGUAUCGGGUGGCGUAAGUCGUAUUCAAAUGGCUCAAAAUCGAUCUAUUGAAGGUAUACGCAAUGAGGGCUCAGGCCGUUCUCGCAGACGCAGUCCAACUUCCAGCGCUGGUGCAAGUAAUGGAGAUACCGGUUCUUCGCAACGUGAACAUUCUCAUUCUCCCAGUAUAGGUGCCAAAAGUUCUUCUCAAUCAAGAGACAAUUCAUUACAAAGAACAUCGCGUGAGGGUAGUCCUCUCACACAAAGACCAAGGUCUGAGGAAAUUCCCUUGGAAGAUUUUCAACAUUCUCGGAAUAACAGUCCGCAUGGAAGAACACCUUCAUCUUCCUCUAAUGCCGGUUCACGUUCUCAUACGCCAUCAAGAGCGUUAAAUUUUGAUCAAAUAUCAGUACACAAUGCCUCGCCCCGUAGAGAUAAUGCAAUAUCAAAUCAGGUCAAUGGAGUUUCAAGCAGUAAGGAUAAUGUAUUACAUACUCAAAAGUCGUCGGAAGAAACCUCGUUCAUAGCUACAGAAGAGACAAACUCUUCCAAUAGCACAGCUGGUUCUAGUGCUGCAAGACGCAAAGGAACCAUAGAAACUGUUUAA